AUGUCGUACGCGGAGAAAGCGAAGAGCGGGUUAAAGGUGAGGAUAAAUAAAAAAAAAGGCGUUGAAGAGGACAAAGAGCGUUUUGAAGCGACUUUUGUUGGUGAAGAAGAAGAGGACGAAGAAGACGAGGAAGAAAGAAGACGACGAAGCGAAAAGGAGGAGGAGGAGAAGGAGGAAGAGGAAGAGGUGGCUGCGUUGACGGAGAGGAUGCGGAAAGAUGUUCGCGUGAACGAGGAGGUGAACAACGACGAGGACGAGGACGAGACGACGUCUCCUCCUUUGGAAGAAGAAACCGAAGAAGAAGAAGAAGAAGAAGAAACAAAAGAAAACAACAACGACAGCUUUCUGAUGACGGCGAAGAUGCUUGGAGAUACGCACUACGCGUACGGUUCGUUUGGGUACGGGUAUUACACGCCGUUACCGGAUGGGACGGCGAUAUUUACGCCGGCGUUUGUGCCUCCGCCGGUGCCGGCGCCGAUGACGACGGGGGCGCCUUCGUCGUGGGGAUACGAACAUCUCUCGCCGCAAGGUGGGAUUGUUUCGCCACCACCGACGACGACGAGUGAAGAAGCAUCUUUGCAACAGCAGCAACAGCAACAGCAACAGCAGCACUUUCCGAUGAUGAUGACGACGACGUCGGAGAUGCCGUAUCAGCACUAUCCGUAUUAUCAACAACAAUAUCAACCGUAUACUGAAGAGGCGGAAGGAGAGCGCGGAGACGAACAAUACUAUCCGCCGCCGCCACCAAUGACGCCUCCGACGACGACGAUGCUGCCGUCAGAAUUCAGCGAAAAUAGUACCGUGCGCGCUGGUAUUGCGGCCGCGGCGGAGCAUUUCACCUCUAUCGUUGGAGAUGCAACCGCGUCGACGUUUUCGAGCUUUGCUUUACCUCCGAUGUCGGAACGCGAUGCCGCUCGAGCUGCGACAUUGAGGAGGAUGAACGGACACGGCGCGAACAACAAUAAGAAAAGUAAUAAUAACAACAACAACAACAACAACAACAACAACGGUACCGCAAGACGAGAACCGAUGAUUAGAAACACCGGUGGCGUUACCAGUUUCAAUGGGAACUUGUCGCUCGGUGAGUCCGUUCGCGGUCCGCGAUUUCGUAACCCGGAACGCAUAUUAUCUCUCGGGAGUCCACACAAGAGCUUACACGAGAAGCUGAUCCGUCCGAAUCCGCACGAAAUUUUUGCCGGCAUCGACUGGUCGGCGUGCAAAGGAUUCGUUUGUAAGUCCUUCAGCGAAGAUGAUAUUCAUAAAUCAAUCAAAUACGGUAAGUGGAGUUCGACGCCGCGAGGGAACGCGAAAUUAUCCGAGGCUUUUCGACAACAACAACUGCUUCACCUCAACAAAAGCUGCAACGGCGGCAACUACUUGAGUGCAGGAGCGCGAGGAGGAGAAGGAGGAAGAGGCUUAUCCGUAAUAAGUAACGGUAGCAAAGUAAGCGAAGACAUUAACGGUGCCGUGAACGAAAACAGAUCCAUCGUCGUCAACGCUAACCACGAAACGGCGAUAUCAUCGUCACCGCUCAAAAAUACGACUGCUAAGAGUACGAAGAAGAUACCGCAAAGAAUCUUCCUUCUCUUCUCCGUAAACGCGAGCGGCUACUUCUCCGGCGUUGCAGAGAUGACUUCCGACGUCGACUUUGAUAAAAACGAAACCUUUUGGCAGCGCGAAGGUAAAUUUAACGGCUCGUUCAACGUCGAAUGGCUCGUCGCAAAAGACGUCCCGUUCCAAGUCUUUGGAAGGCACUUGCGCAUCGUGGACGACCGAAAAAUACACAAAGUAGAAACGAAAAGAGUCACGCACAGCCGAGACGCGCAAUACGUCACUCCGACCGUCUUGCGUCAGUGCAUCGAAGUGAUGUUGGCGUACCAAACCGAGAACGGCCUCGCGAAAGAUUUUGCGUUUUACGACGAGCGAGAGAGAACGAGAUACGAAUCUCGAAAACUAAACGCCUCUCGAGACCGUCGCACGACGGUAUCGUUCUCGCCUCCAAAACCUCACGCGACGAGCGGUAACGAAACGACGAGUGGCAACAAAAACAAACUGCACCGUUCGAGCAGUAACUCCACCACGACGACAACCACAACCACAACCACGACAACGACAACGGUCGUUUCGUAA